CCAGGUGAAAGUCUGGGUACUUCAAGUUUGUUUGGAAAUGUUGUUUUGUGAACGCUCAGCGGAUUGUCUAUUAUCUCUUGCUAAUAGGGUUGCAUUAUGUGGUGGGGGCCGUUGUAUUAACUGUAUAACUGAUAUGAACAUUGGAUUUUUCGAACAGCUUUUAGAGAAUAUCAGUGAUUUUAAAGCUGACACCACGCUGGAAGAUGAAAAUCGAUGGAGGAAAUUGUUGGAGUCAUUGUCUGUUUUAAUAGGAGUUUCGCUUGGUUACAUAUCUGUCACACAUUUGUGCCAAUUUGAACCGUAUAGUCUUUUCAGUCUUCUGGAAAUCAUUGAUUUCCUAGCUGAAAACUCAUUGUUGGCUCGCUCAAAAUUUCCUGUUCGAUAUGUAACCUCAGAUAAUAUGAAGAGAGAUGAAUUACUGGAAAGGGUUUCGCACAAACCUGAAAAAAUCCACAACGUAUACUCUGAAGAUGCUUCCACACCAAUUUGUUUUCAUAAUUCUGAACCGAGCAAUGUAAAUCAAAAGGAAGAAAAUUUAAAAAAUGGCUCAGAAAAUACAGUUGGGAAACUAAAUAUUGAUACUCCUAGAUUGGUUUACUUACGGAAAAGGUUGAAAAAGUGUGUAUCAUGUAUCCCGUUCGAGGAAAAUGCCAUGGAAAGCGACGAGUCGUGUUCGAAUCCAUUGUCACAACCUGACUUGCUCAUCAUAGGACGGUCCGACGAAAAAAAUUCUUAUUGUAAAAGUCACAAUUGUGGUUGCAAAAGUGUACUAAAACCACACGUCAGACCUUUAGUGCAACCGAUGAAAACUCGUAGAAAUCAAUAUUCAUCUCUGUCUCGUUCAAACAGUACUCAUGAAGAAAUUCAAGAAAGAGGUAACCACCCCUUUUAUAGAUUAUUGAAGGAAUUCCCGAAACUUGGUUUGGAUGAACAUGAAGAGCGGGUUUUACAGAAAAAAGCAUGUAAGUUUGUAUUUUUGUUGCAUUUUACAGAAACUCGAUCUUUAUUGUCAAGUAACUUUUUGAGUGAAAAAAGUAUUUUGCAGGGAUUAAUGCGGUAACGUUUUCGUCUUUCCUAAAUCCAGCGGGCUGAUCACUUCAAAAAGCUCUUGAACCGACCACCACCUGCACUUCGUUCACAAAUACCACCUGCAGCCACAGAACUACAAAUGAACAUAAAUCCUCCAACGAAAUUCGAAGUCCUGAAUGCCAUAAAGCUACUGAAAUGAGGGAAAGCAGCAGGACCAGAUGGAAUCCCACGAGAAGCACUGAGAGCAGACGCAGAGACAACAGCGGACAUGCUCACACCACUAUUGCAGAAGGU